AUGGCUGAGAAGAACGUCAUUCUGCCCCAGCCGGGCAAGAAGAACGUCCUGAUCACCAGCGCACUUCCCUACGUCAACAACGUGCCCCAUCUCGGCAACAUCGUGGGCAGCGUGCUGUCGGCCGACGUCUUCUCCCGCUACAGCAAGCUGCGCGACCAGCCCACCCUCUACAUCUGCGGCACCGACGAGUACGGCACGGCGACCGAGACCAAGGCCCUCGAGGAGAAGAUCAGCCCGCAGGAGCUCUGCGACAAGUUCCACAAGAAGCACAAGGAGAUCUACGACUGGUUCGAGAUCGGCUUCGACUACUUUGGCCGCACCACGACGCCCAAGCAGACCGAGAUCGUCCAGGACAUCUUCCUCAAGCUGCACAGGAACGGCUUCAUCGAGGAGCGCACCACCACCCAGCCCUACUGCGAGAAGCACGAGGCCUUCCUCGCCGACCGCUACGUCGAGGGCACGUGCCCCAAGUGCCAGUACGACGACGCCCGCGGAGACCAGUGCGACAAGUGCGGCAACCUGCUCGACCCCUUUGAGCUCAUCAACCCCCGCUGCAAGCUCGACGGCGCCCAGCCCGUACCCCGCGAGACCAGCCACCUCUUCCUGAAGCUGGACAAGCUCCAGCCGGACAUCGAGUCGUGGUUCAACAAGGCGAGCGAGGAGGGCAAGUGGUCUCACAACGGCGUCGCCAUCACCAAGUCCUGGCUCGGCAGGGGUCUCGAGGGCCGGAGUAUCACCCGGGAUCUGAAGUGGGGUGUCCCCGUCCCCCUCGAGGGCUACGAGAAGAAGUGCUUCUACGUCUGGUUCGACGCUUGCAUCGGCUACCCCUCGAUCACGGCCAACCUGACCGACGAGUGGAGGCAGUGGUGGCAGAACCCCGAGAACGUCAAGCUCUACCAGUUCAUGGGCAAGGACAACACGCCGUUCCACUCUGUCGUCUUCCCUGGGUGCGAGAUCGGCACGGGUGACAACUGGACCAAGGUCAACACCAUCUCUACGACCGAGUACCUCAACUACGAGAACGGCAAGUUCUCCAAGAGCCGUGGCGUGGGCGUGUUUGGCGACGCUGCCAAGGAGACGGGCGUUGGCCCUUCGGUCUGGCGAUAUACCCUGCUGUCUUCCCGCCCGGAGACUGGCGACACUCAGUUCGAGUGGUCUGCUUUCGUGGCCGGCAACAACAGCGUCCUCCUCGCCAACCUGGGCAACUUUGUGAACCGCGUCAUCAAGUUCGUCAACGCCAAGUGCGACGGCACCAUCCCCGAGUACUCUCUCUCCUUCAAGGACGAGUCGUUCGACUUUGCCGCCUGGAUCGAGGACGUCGACAAGCUGCUCGCCGAGUACGUCAGCGAGAUGGACUCUGUCAAGCUGCGCAGCGGCCUGGAGAAGGCCAUGCACAUCAGCACGCAGGGCAACCUGCUCCUGCAGUACCGCCUCGACAACGCCAACCUGGCCGAGCACCCGGAGCGCACCAAGCUCGUCAUCGGCCUGGCGCUGAACCUGUGCAGCCUGCUCGCGUCCAUCAUCUCCCCCUACAUGCCCUCGACGGCGGACUCGAUCGUGCAGCAGCUCAACACGAGCCUGCGGUCGAUCCCGGACAAAUUCGACGCCGAGGCGCUCAGGCCGGGCCACAGGAUCGGCAAGGCGGCGUACCUGUUCACGAGGAUAGACGAGAAGAAGGUGCAGGAGUGGAAGGACAAGUACGGCGGCACGCAGGCGACGCGGGCGGCCGAGGCGGAGGCGAAGCGCAAGAAGCAGGAGGAGAAGGAGAGGAAGAAGGCCAAGAAGGCGGCGCAGAAGGCGGCGGCGGCGGCGGAUGCGGAUGCGGAGCAGCAGCAGCAGCAGCAGCAGCAGCAGCAUACUACUGCUACGGAGGAGAGGAAAGAGCUGCCUAUCCGGGAGAAGCCGGCUGAGAAGUGA